AUUAUCCGGCUCUAGAUCUCCAGCAGCUUCGUUCCAUUCCAUGGCAAUGGCAUUCCCCGGCCAGCCUCCAAUCCCGGCCGGCCGGUUCCUGGCCUAUAUAUAGCAGCAGCAGCCUGACCUGAUCCGGAGGCUCCGUCGACAUCAGACAUCAGACAGCUAGGGUCCGCCUCCUCUCCGUCCUCGAUCCACAAGACGUACAGAUAGAAUGCCGGUGAGCAGGAUCGCGGUGGGCGCUCCGGGCGAGCUGUCCCACCCCGACACCGCCAAGGCCGCCGUUGCCGAGUUCAUCUCCAUGCUCAUCUUCGUCUUCGCCGGCUCAGGAUCCGGGAUGGCCUUCAGUAAGCUGACGACGGAUGGCGGCGCCAGCGGCACUCCUUGCGGUCUGAUCGCGGCGUCUCUUGCUCACGCCCUGGCCCUGUUCGUGGCCGUGUCCGUGGGUGCCAACAUCUCCGGCGGGCACGUGAACCCGGCCGUGACCUUCGGGGCCUUUGUGGGCGGCAACAUGAGCCUGGUGAAGGCCGUGGUGUACUGGGUGGCCCAGCUGCUGGGCUCCGUGGUGGCCUGCAUCCUGCUCAAGAUGGCGACGGGCGGCGCGGCCGUGGGCGGCUUCUCGCUGUCGGCGGGCGUGGGCGCCUGGAACGCCGUGGUGUUGGAGAUGGUGAUGACCUUCGGGCUGGUAUACACGGUGUACGCGACGGCGGUGGACCCCAACAAGGGCGACCUCGGCGUGAUCGCGCCCAUCGCCAUCGGCUUCAUCGUGGGCGCCAACAUCCUGGCGGGGGGCGCCUUCGACGGCGCGUCCAUGAACCCGGCAGUGUCCUUCGGCCCCGCCGUCGUCAGCGGCGUGUGGGAGAACCACUGGGUGUACUGGCUCGGCCCAUUCGCCGGCGCCGCCAUAGCCGCGCUCGUCUACGACAUCAUCUUCAUCGGACAGCAGCAGCGCCCAACGCAUCACCACCACCUGCCCACCACUGACUACUGAAUAAUACUAUUACUGAUCCGAUGAAGAUGCAGUGGCGCCGUCCGUUGAUUCAUUUUCAUUUCCAGUUCCAGUUCCAGGUCGAUCAUCCUGAUGAUGGGUUCUUGCAUUGUCCAGUCCAAACGAACGAAUAAUCGGAGCUAGCUAGGCUAGCUGCCGCUUCUUCUCCAUCUCCACAUCCAUAUAUAUGCCUAAUUGUUUGUCUCUGUCGUCGUUUGUGUUUUCCUAUCCUCUCCUAGCAAGUUAUUAAUUAUUAUCGCUGCUGUCCAAAUAUAUAUACUACGUACUAUAAUCUCUUCGAUCUUUAAUUCCA